AAGCUUUGAGCUCACCUGUGGCUUUUAGUGACUGGCCCUCUUGAAGUAGCGCCGCUGGCCCGGUCACAAUCAGUAACAAUUCGCCCGCGAAAACGGUUAAAACGUUGAAGCGCGAGAAUUUCGAUAGCGCCACGCGAGAAGAACUCGAAGAAGUGGAAGCAAAAAGGCAACAACAGUACAAGCAACAGCAGCAACAGCUACAAAUUAUUUUACGUGCGCAUGCGCCUCACACUUUAUCUUCGCAAUUCGCCGUCACCGACUGUCUCUCCGUUUUUGUCUCUCGCGCACUUCCCACUUAUCUUUGUUGUUGAUUGAUUUCGACUCCAAACAUCAGUUCGCUUAUACGUACGUGUAUUUGCAUGUGUGUAUGUGUGUGCAUGCGAAAUACGUAAAGAAAACAGAAACAAAAUAAAGUUGAAUAAAAUUGAAUAUAAUUUAAAGAGCAGUAGAAAUAAGUGCACAAAAACAACGGCAAUAACAAGGGCAUUAAUACUUUUGCCAACAAAAAAUCAAGCGACCAAUACAAAACAAACACACAAACAGUAACACACACACACACACACAUUAACGGAUUGUUUAUUAAAGCGCCAUGUCCACAUCUACCACGCCCAAGACGCCUACGCCGCCCACGCUGCCGCCGGGCGUGACCAAAACAUGCCACAUAGUCAAGCGACCCGAUUUCGAUGGCUAUGGCUUCAAUCUGCACUCGGAAAAGGUGAAGCCGGGUCAGUUCAUUGGCAAGGUGGACGCCAACUCGCCAGCGGAGGCAGCCGGCUUGAAGGAGGGCGAUCGCAUACUGGAGGUCAACGGUGUUUCCAUUGGCAGCGAGACACACAAACAGGUGGUGGCCCGCAUCAAGGCCAUUGCCAACGAGGUGCGUUUGCUGCUGAUCGAUGUGGACGGCAAGGCUAUUGAGAUGCCGCCAAAGUCGCCAUCAUCGACAUCAUCGCCCGUUACCAAUGGCAACGGCUGCAGCAGCAGUCCGCCCAGCUAUGAGGGCACCAAGCAGGAGAUACCCGGCGCCAGUGCCAACAUCAGCAGCAUCAGUGUGACCAGCACAAAGCGCAUCUCGAAUGCGAGCAGCAUUCAAAGUGGCAGCACAAUGAAUGCCAGCGACAUGGAUGUGGUCGACAGGGGCAUGCCCAUGGCGCCAGCGACAGGGCCUCUAGCAGCGCCAAUCUCAGCUCAAAAUGGCAACAAAUCGCCGAGCAGCAACAGCAACAGCAGCAGCAGCAACAACAACAACAAUAAUGUUAACAGCAGCACCAACAACAACAACAAUAACAUAAACAACAACAGCAGCAGCAAAAUGAUGAGCACACCGCCGCCGCCAUCGGCCGCAGUGGCCAGCAUGAAUAACAAUGGCAGCGUCUAUAGCAGCAGCAACAGCACCAACAGCAGCGCCGCCAACGGCAACAGCAACGUUCUUGGCAAUGGCAGUGCCACGCCCACAGUGCCAGCGCCCAAUGGGGGCAUGAAUCGAGCGGGCAGCUUGAAUUUGCCGCUAACCGUGGCCGAAAUGCGCGCCAAACUGGCCUCAAAGAAGAAAUACGAUCCGAAGAACGAGAGCGUUGAUCUAAAAAAGAAAUUUGAAAUUAUACAAAAACUCUGAGAU